UGCUGCCCAAUGUCCAUCUUUGGUGGGGAUGUGAAGUUUGAUAUCCUAACCAGCGAUGGGGUCACCGAGAUUGGCGCAAUAACCAAGGUCUCGAAUGGAUUGUUCCGGGAAGCCUGCACUGGAGCAGACAACUUCACCGUCACCUUCCCCUUGGAUUUGGACGCGAAGAUAAAGGCCGUGCUGAUCGGUGCGGUCUUUCUUCUUGACAACAUAUUCUUCGACAGUUGGGCCUGCGCAAGCUGCUGAGAUUGACAAGGCAACAUACUAAAUUAGUCAUUCGAUUAGUUAUGCCCCGCUAAACACAGCCACACUUUCCAGAAAUGCUGCAACUUUGCCAGACUACCAGGCUUUUGGACAGCCGACUGCAUGUUGUGAACGCAGACCUCAACGUAUUGUGGUGUGCUACCGUAUUGACAGCAAGCUGACUCUUUCUGAUUUGUUGUCGUGCGUUUCUUGCGCAAUAAAUUUUUG